AUGAAACUCAAAGAAAUCUCGCGGACUGCGACCUUCGCGUGGUCGCCGGCGCCGGCGCCGCCCCUGCUGGCCACGGGCUCCGUCGCCGGCGCGCUCGACGAGUCCUUCAGCAACGAGAGCCAGCUCGAAAUCUGGGCGCCCGACUUCAGCGACGCGGCGGAAUACGACCUCGGAGGCGAGGGAAGGCCUGGGCCGAAGGGCGUGGUUAGCACUCAUGCGAAAUUCAACCGCAUUGCAUGGGGAUAUGUAGAUGGAAAUAGACCGAAGGGAGUCAUUGCUGCUGGGAUGGAGAACGGCGAGCUUGGGAUAUGGGACGCGGACAAGAUUGUCGCUAGUGCGGAACCAACCGAGUCGCUCAUUCUCCGUAACGACACGCACAGUGGACCCAUACGCGGCCUUGACUUCAACUCAAUCCAAACGAACUUGCUCGCAUCUGGCGCCGUCGGCGGCGAGGUCUUCAUCUGGGAUCUUCGCGAUCCGUCCAAGCCCUAUUCUCCCGGCUCGCGAUCUCAAAAGUUGGAUGAAAUCACGUCUCUCGCGUGGAACCAUCAGGUCCCGCACAUCCUGUCCACCGCCUCCAGCACCGGCUACACGGUCGUAUGGGAUCUGCGAGGAAAGCGUGAGGUUGUUGCCCUUGCGUAUGGUGGUGGCGCCGGGACGCUCGCAGGCGCAUCUAUCGGAGGUAUUGGUAUGGGCGCUGGCGGGAGGAGAGGAAUGAGUGACGUGGCCUGGCAUCCGGAUAACGCCACGAGGAUCGUUACGUCCUCUGAAGACGACACCUCGCCCGUGAUCAUGGUUUGGGACUUGCGUAACGCUCGCGCCCCAGAGAAGAUCCUCACGGGUCAUGAGAAGGGCGUGCUUUCGCUCUCCUGGUGCAAGCAGGACGCGGACCUACUUCUGUCUUGCGGGAAGGACAAUCGCGUGUUGUGCUGGAACCCUCAGUCAAGUGAGAUCAUCGGCGAGGUGCCUUCUGCCGACAACUGGGCGUUCCAGGUCCAGUGGUGCCCGCGCAACCCUGACCUUUUCGCCGCCGGCUUCUUCGACGGCACCAUCGGCAUCCAUAACGUCCAGGGCACCAACCAGGAUACCCCCUCGCAGGCGCCCACCGCGGCGGCGUCCCAAUCAGGAGCCGACAUCUUCGACGCGCCAGAAUACACGCGCACUACGCAGGCGACGCUCUCGCUCAGUCAGCCGCCCAAGUGGCUCAAACGGCCCGUCGGCGCCACCUGGGGCUACGGCGGCAAGCUGGUCAGCGUGAGCAACCUGCCCGGCGCUCAGGGCAAGGCGCAGAGCAGCGUCGUGCACGUGCGCAAAGUCGUCACCGAGGAGGCCAUCGUGGAACGCGCGAAGAAGCUGACAGAGGCGGUCAAGUCCGACGCGCUGAGCGAGCUCGCGAAGGAACGCGCCGGCGACGACCCGGCUGGCGCGAGCGAAGCGUGGAAGGCGCUGCUAAGCUUAUUCCAUGCGGAUUCGAGGGAUGAGCUCGUGACACUACUCGGCUUCUCGAAGGAGGAGAUCGCUAAGCGCGUCGCACAGGCUGUGACGAAUUUGAAGGAGCAGGCGGACGAGCGCGCAUCAGCCACACCUGUCGACCAAGAGCUGACUGAAACGCACAUCCAGGCGCCACGGGAGCCUGUCGUGAGUUUUGCGGAACCCGAGAAGAGCGGAGACGUCACGAGCGACGUGGAGGGUGGCGAAGCCGAGGCUGCCGACAACGCGAACGGAGCUGCGGAGGCGACUCCAUCCGAGGUUAGUGCCAGCGUUGCGAGCGACGCUACGGGCGCCACGACGACCGGAGACGGGGAGUCGACGACCACUGUGCCCUCCUUGUUCGGCGACGAAAACAUCGGUACGCCGCAGACAGAUGCCGCUGCCGACUUCUUCAGCAGCAUGGGCAUGGCCCGCGGCGCGGACGACACGAGCUUGCACCCCCAGGUUCCGCACACGAACUACCCGAUUGACUCGAGCGUUGCGGCGACUAUCGGUAGCCGACCAUCGAGCGCGGCUAGCGAAGGAUUGAAGAAUAAUACCUUCAGGAUCUACCCCGCGGACGAGAGUGAGACCGACCGAUUGGUUACGAAGGCCCUCGUGCUCGGCGACUUCGAGAGCGCGGUGACGCUGUGCUUGAGCGUCGAGCGGUUCGCGGACGCGAUCCUGCUCGCGGUGAAGGGCGGCCCGGAGCUGCUGGCGAAGACGCAGAAGGCCUACUUUGAGAAGCGCACCACGCAGCUGCCGUACCUGCGCUUGUUCGGCAGCAUCGUCACGAAUGAUUUGGCGGACAUCGUCCAAAACGCGGAUCUGCAGGAGUGGCAGGAGAUCUUCGUCGUGCUGUGCACAUUCGCGAGCCAGGAGGAAUUCGCGGGUCUUGCGGAGCAGCUCGGCCAGCGGUUGGAGUUCCAGAGCCGCCUUGUGAAGGCGACCGAGGACGGGCAGCCCGAGUUGGCCAAGGAGCUGAGAAAAAAUGCAACGUUGACAUAUCUGGCAGCUGGUCGGCUGGAACGGCUGGUGAACAUCUGGGUGGAGGAGCUCGCCGAAGAAGAGAAGGCUCGGGAGGAAGGAGAGGAACAAAGCCUAUACUCGGCGCACGCGCACGCGUUGCAGACAUUCGUGGAGAAGGUGACAGUCUUCCGCAGCGCUAUCAAGUACGCGGAUUCCGAUCUCCAGCAAGGAGCGUCGUCGGGUCAAAACGCGUCCACAAAGUUGUACAAGCUGUCAGCGUUGUACGACCGCUACCUCGAAUACGCGGAUCUGCUCGUUGCGCAAGGAUUGGUGGGCGAGGCUGUGGAGUUCUUGAAGUUGACCCCAACGGACUACUCUGGCAGUGCCGUCGACUUCACUGGCGAAAGGGAGAGGCUUCUGGUCGCGGCUGGGCAAAGCGCUCCCGUCGCAGGACCGUCCAAGCUAGCUCCAGCCCCCGCUCCUGCCGCUGUACCUGCUUCGACAUCCAGUUAUGGGUACCAGCAAGCCCCCGUUCACCUGCAGCAGCAACAGGCUCCUCAAGUUAAGCAGCCCAGUGCCGCACAUUCCAUUUACGAUCAAUACACCGCUGCAGCGCCGCAACAGCCUAGUGGCCCCUAUGCACCUCCCAUCACACAGCAGCCCAGCGGUCCGUAUGCGCCAGCCCGUCCUCCCAGUACCACGCAACCGCCUUACCAGACCACUGGUGCUACACCGUACGCGCCGCCCAACCCCUAUGGUGGUGGUCCAACCACGAGCGGUCCCGGAUGGCAACAGCAGGCACCCCCUCAGCCUGCUGUCUCCCUGCCUCCACCGCCGCGAGCGAUGAAUGGCGGUCCUGGUACUGCUUCCUUGCCACCACCUCCCAAACGCCAGGCCGGAGGAUGGAAUGAUGCGCCGCCGGUCUUGGAUCGCCGACAGACACCCACCGUUGGGACCGCCGCUAAGCCUGCUGCGAUUACAUCGCCGUUCCCCAACUCUAGCCCGCAGACUCCCAACGUACCGUUCGGCGGUCCUGGGACGCCGGCGAGCUUGCCGCCGCCACCGCCGCGGACCGCUAGCGCGCAAGGUGGACGUCUGCCACCUGGCCCACCUCCCCAGCGUGGUUUGGCGCACCCGCCUCCACCUCAGGGAGGUCCUGGACCGUACCCGCCUUCCCGCCCACCUACUACAGGACCCCCAGGACAGCCGCAAAACUUGCCACCCCCGCCUCAUCGCGGAGCGGUUCCCCCUGUUGGACCGCCGAAUGCCGGCCCCGGUUCGCCCAGGCAGCCGCCUCCAGGACAAUUCGCCCCACCACCUCAACGCGGACAUGUGGCUCCUCCAAUUGGACAAGCACCUUCUGGAUUCGCUCCAAACACCGGAGCGCCCUACAACCGGGCUACGCCUCCGCCGGUGCAGCAGAUGCAAGCGCCGCCCAGAGGACCUGGCGGCUACGAUCGCGCCAUGUCGCCUCCUCAGCCCACGGGGCCAUACGGCCCUCCACCUGGUGCCGCUCGCGCUGCUCCGCCCCCAGGGCCCGGAGCGGGUAUCCCGCCAUCUGCUGUGGGACCACCGCCCCCGGGCGGCCCGAGCAUGGCGCCACCAAGGUCGGCGAGCAUCAACCGCGCGCCGUCUCAGCAAGGUCCGCCGCCGCCGAAAUACCCCGCUGGUGAUAGGUCGCAUAUCCCCGACGCGUCUAAACCUAUCUAUGACAUCAUUUCUGGACAGUUGAACCACCUAAAGCAGAUAACUCCCCCUCAACAGAAACGGUUCGUAGACGAUUUGGAGCGCCGCAUCAACCCGCUCUUCGAUGCCCUCAACUGCGAGACUCUAUCUCAGCCGGUCGUUGCCCAGCUUUCAGUCCUCACCCAAGCUAUGGCAGCUCACGACCGCGACGCCGCCCUUGCCAUUCACGUUGAUCUUCUCACCAAAGGCUCGCUUACGGACGACAUCGGUUUGUGGAUGUCAGGGGUCAAGCAGCUGAUUAUGCGGUUGUAA